AUGCAGGAGGUCUGGAGUCCAACUGCAUUCGCACAUGUUCAGUUUCAGGUGCAGUCGUAUAAAAACCCUCCAUCCAUGCAGUCGUGGUUCCAUCACCAGAGCACCACCUCUAAGGUAAGCAACAUGAAAGUCGUGGUUCUCGCACUGACCGUCCUCUUGGCUUUGGGCUGCAAUGGCCAACACGUGCUGCCUGACUAUCCCACCCAGAACUAUGCCUUGAUCUACCUGAACAAAGUGAAGGACCAUGCCAACAAGGCCCUGGAGCACCUUGAGGGAACUGACUAUGAGCAGUACAAGCUGAAGGUGACCGAGAGCCUUGACAACCUGCAGACGUAUGCUGAAUCUACCGCCAUCUCCCUGAAACCCUAUGCCACCCAGCUGGUUGAGGGAACCCAGACAGUGCGAGAGUACAUCCUGAAAGAACUGGAUGACCUACACACCAAAGUGGAGCCACACCGUGCUGAGUUGCGCCACACUAUCCAGAAGCACCUGAAAGAGUAUAGCGAGCGUUUCAUCCCCAUCUUCCAGGACUACAUAGCCAAAAACCAGAAGGAGCUGGACGCUCUUCACCAGAAGCUUCAGCCUGCCCUUGAGAACCUCAAGGCCAAGGUGGAGACCAACUUUGAGGAGACCAAGACCAAGCUGGCCCCCAUCGUUGAGACUGUGCGUGGAAAGCUCACCGAGAGGCUGCAGAACCUGAAGGACCUAGCCAGCCCUGUGGCUGAGGAGUACAAGGACCACAUACUGAAGGCUGUUGAGGACGUCAAGGAGAAGCUGGCACCCCACACCACCCAGCUACAAGGUCAAAUCGAACCCUACGUGGAGACCCUGAGGGCCAAGUUCUUGUCCAUCUAUGAGUCCAUCGCCCAGGCCAUUCACACCUAA